AUGCGCCGCUUACACUCUAUACCGGCCUCACCGCCGCUUACCUUCCUCGCCCUACUUUUCCUCGCCUCGCCCCUCCCGGUCCCUGCCGCCGCCCUUCCCUACCCGCUACAACUGGCAGAUCAAGGCUACUCCAACGUCGGCUUUCGCUUUCUCCGACCUCGAAGCUGCGAAUCCGAGUGCCACGGCGUGUGUGUCUAUGUCGACGGUGUGGCCACCUGCGCCCCAGGCGCUGCCGACGGAGGAGGAGCCGGGGAUGGCGGCUGGCUCGUCUCCACAACCACAUGGACCGAGACCAACACCUUCACCAGUACCAUCACCAAGCCUGGUAGCCACCCGACAGGUGCCGCCGGCGAAGACUGCGUGCCGCAGGAGCCGGGAUGGAUUCCCUGUGGUCCGGUUUGCUGCCUGUCGACCCAGCAUUGUGCUUCGUGGGGUCAGUGUCUAGACAAUGAAGGGGGUGGAGGAGGAGGAGGAGGAGGCGGCGGCGGCGCCAUUUCCACAACAAUCACCACCGACGGGCAUACCAUUACCACCCAGUACUCCGCUCCUUACCGCGUCACCAGCACCAGCGCCGCGUCCACCGGCCAUGGCGCCGCACCCACCACAGAAAGCCCGACCGGCACACCCACCGCCGUCCCCAGCCACCCCGACGAAGACGACGGCGGCACGGCCGGCGGAGGACUCAGCCCCGGCGCCAUCGCCGGUAUCGUCAUCGGCAGCUUAGCCGGCAUCGGCCUCCUCAUGCUCCUCUGCUUCUGCUGCAUCGUCCGCGGUCUCUGGGGCCUGCUCUGCGGCGGCGCCAAGAAACGCGACGACCGCCGCCGGGAGCGCGUCGACGUCGUCGAGGAACGCUACCGCGCCGGCAGCCGCCCCGGGUCGACCUACACCCGCCGCGACCGCCACUCCGGGUGGUUCGGCAGCGGGCCCUCGUCCGCCGGCAACCGCCGCGACGAGGAGAAGAGGAAAUCCAGCGGCGCGAAGUGGUGGGGGCUCGGCGCCGUCGCUGCGACCCUGCUGGCGCUGCUCCACCUGCGCAGCAAAGACAAGAACAAGGCCGGGGAUCGGGACCGGGAUCGGGACCGGCCGCGAGACCGGCGCUCCCGCUCCCGUUACACGGACUCGUACUACACGUACACCGAUAGUAGCGCCAGCUCCGGAGGCAGAACACGGCAGGAUGGCCGGGCCUCGUCCCGGUACUCACGGAGAUAG